UCAGUCGGCAAGCUGAUAAAGCUGAAGCUGAUUUAGUGGCAAUGGCCGUCACUGCUGAUAGUCAUUACGGCACCAUCGCACUUGUCAUCUUUUCAUUUUAUGCCUGGUGAAAUGACAAGUAGCCUAACUCCACAUCCAUUUGAUGCUACCUGUGGGAGAGAGCGUGACGGCGAAUGUGCACAUGCGCCUUCUGUGAGCUGUGGCCAACUUGUGCAACUACAGAUGAUUGAGAGUGCUACUUCCAUGGAACUUCUGCAAGACUGUACUCUUAAACACCACACCAUGUUGCAGACUGCAGGAUGCUUGAGAUCUGUGAUGUCCCUUGAGGACAAGAUGACCAUUGUGUCCGACUUCCUGAGAUGGUUUAUCAUUGACCGCAACGUGUGUGUGAUUGACAGGUUUAAAGCAGGACUCUCAGCUCUUGGAUUGUACAGUGCACUGCAGCAGUACCCAACACUGCUGUCCCCCGUCCUGUGUCACGUAGAAAAGCAGCUCAUUGCUGAGGUACUGGAGAAUCUCUUCAGACCAGACUUAAGUCCAUUGGGGAGCAACAGGAGGGCCAGAAAGGGAAGAACCCUAGGAUUUUGGGCUGACUACCUCCUCGAUUGUCAAGAAGGCCAGGCUGCUGUAUCAGUGGAAGAAGUGCUCAUGUUUGCCACUGGACUGAAUUCUCUCCCCCCAUCUGGGCUGAUCCCGCAGCCAUAUCCAAUGGCCAAUACAUGUGCUAACACAAUGAAAUUGCCACAGUUAGAUCAUUUCGAACUCUUCAAAUCCAAUAUGGAUUUUGGUAUUCAGAACGCUCCUGGUUUUGGCUGCUUCUAA